AACCAUAAUGCCAAACAGUCCUUCAUUCUCAUUUUCAACCCAAAAACAAAAGCAACUAAAAGCAAAUGAAAAAUGGCACACGUUUCACGAGUCAUUUCAACCGUCAAUGCGCUUCGGAUAGUCUGGGACGAAAAUUAUUUAAAAGAAAACAAAGAGAAGAACAGAAGAGGAGAAAUCUGUAGUGCUUUCGAUAGAGGCGGAGGAGGGCCAGCCCCCACCCCCUGCGUUCCUGUCAAUUGCGCUUUAUCCACAGCACCCACCUAUAAAUACCAUCAGCCUCCAUUAGCCCUCCACACUCGCAACUCGCAACACAUUCCCCACGCUCGCUCUCUCUCUCUCUCUCUCUAAUUGUAUUUAUAUACUCUCUCUCUCUCUCUAAACGCCUCUGCUGUGCAACAGUUGCUCCAAAUGGCAUCAUCAGCUUAUGUGUCCGUGCCGUCUUUGCACACAGGUCUCCCCUCUCGGAGAAGACUGACGCAUGGUAAGUCCUCCACUCGUCGGCUCUCUGUGCGUCCGAUCUCAGCGUCCGUGUCGGAGAGGGCAUCCCCUCCAGUGCCGCCUCCGCCCGUGGCUGCGCCGCCCAAGCUGCCCAUCCGGAAAAUUCCCGGCGACUAUGGUCUUCCUUUUAUCGGUCCUUUCAUAGACCGGAUGGAUUUUUUUUACAACCAGGGGAGAGACGAGUACUUCAAGUCCCGAGUUCAGAAGUACCACUCUACGGUGUUCAGAGCCAACAUGCCGCCUGGUCAUUUCAUUGCCCCCAACCCGCGCGUCGUCGUCCUCCUCGACGGCAAGAGCUUUCCGGUUCUCUUCGACAUGUCUAAGGUCGAGAAACGAGACAUUUUCACUGGAACCUUCAUGCCUUCCACGGAACUCACCGGCGGAUACCGGGUUCUGUCCUACCUCGACCCGUCGGAGCCGAGACACGCCGAGCUCAAGCGCCUCAUGUUCUUUCUUCUCCAGUCUCGCCGCGACAAGGUCCUACCGGAGUUCCACGACAGCUUCACGGAGCUGUUCGGGAACCUCGAAAAGGAGCUCGCCGCGAAAGGGAAAGCCAACUUCGGCGAAGCCAACGAUCAGGCCUCGUUUCACUUCUUGGCGAAAUCGCUGUACGGGAGGGACCCGGCUGAGACGAAACUGGGUCUCGACGGACCCAAGUUGAUCGGGAAAUGGUUUCUGUUCCAGCUUAGUCCUCUCAUGACUCUCGGGCUUCCAAAUUUUCUAGAGGAUCUGCUCCUCCACACCUUCCCUCUCCCGCCGGCUCUCGUGAAAUCCGAUUAUCAGAGACUCUAUGACUUCUUCUACGAAGCAUCCACGCCGGUUCUCGACAAAGCAGAGGAAAUAGGGAUCUCGCGGGACGAAGCCUGCCACAACCUCCUCUUCGCUACUUGCUUCAAUUCCUUCGGCGGGAUGAAGAUCCUCUUCCCCAACAUGCUGAAAUGGAUCGGCCGCGCCGGCGCCCGGCUCCACGCGCGGCUGGCUGAGGAGAUCAGAUCGGCCGUCAGAUCCAACGGCGGGAAGGUGACGAUGGCGGCGAUGGAACAGAUGCCGCUGAUGAAAUCCGCCGUGUACGAGGCCUUCCGGAUCGAACCGCCGGUGCCGUUACAGUUCGGGAGGGCGAAGCGAGACCUGAUGAUCGAGAGCCACGACGCGGCGUUCGAGGUGAAGGAAGGUGAAUUGAUCUUCGGGUACCAGCCGUUCGCCACCAAGGAUCCGCAUAUAUUCGAGAGACCCGACGAGUUUGUGGCGGAUCGGUUCGUCGGAGAGGGGGAGAAGAUGCUAAGGCACGUGCUCUGGUCCUGCGGGCCCGAGACAGAGAACCCAACCGUGGCGAACAAGCAGUGCGCCGGCAAGGACUUCGUGAGUCUGGUCUCCCGGCUUCUGGUGGUGGAGUUGUUCCUGCGCUACGACUCCUUCGAGAUCGAGGUGGGCACCUCCCCCUUGGGCGCUUCCGUCACCUUGACUUCUCUGAAGAGAGCGAGCUUCUAAGGGAGCGGCGGCGGCGGCGACCGCCGAAGGUUAUUGCCCUGCUCGGACGAUUAGUUGUAUCGCAUUACUCGGGUAGUUGGUUGGGUGGCGUUCUUUCCCACGAGUCACCGUACCCCAGACUAAUUACUAUAGAUAUGUACGUACAAUUAGUGCCGUUGGGUCAAUCUCUCAUGUAUUUAUUUGAUUAGUUAGAGUUAAAUCUUUCUUGUAUUUACUUACUCUUAAAUGUUUGUUGUUAAGAGAUUAAAGUUUGAUACAAUAAUGUCAUGAUUUGAAAAUUUAUAAUAGUAUUUAAUUUUUGAGUGA